GACCGUAUCAACAUCAAGCGUGGAGGAGUGUGGCCGUCGGCUUACCUGUCGGUCCAGAACGUGAUAGACUGUGGGAGGGCGGGCUCCUGUUACGGAGGAGAUCACCUGAGAGUCUACGCCUAUGCACACGAGAAAGGCAUUCCUGAUGAGACCUGCAACAACUACCAAGCCAAAAACCAAA